CGGCCCCGGCCCCUGCCCCCUGCCCGGCCAGCCAUGUUGUCGCCCGCGCCGCCCACCGAGCUGGUGCCGUCGGAGCGCGCCGUGGUGCUGCUGUCGUGCGCGCUUUCCGCGCUCGGCUCCGGCCUGCUGGUGGCCACGCACGCCCUGUGGCCCGACCUGCGCAGCCGGGCACGGCGCCUGCUGCUCUUUCUGUCGCUGGCGGACCUGCUCUCGGCUGCCUCCUACUUCUACGGGGUGCUGCAGGACUUCGCGGGCACCUCGUGGGACUGCGUGCUGCAAGGCGCGCUCUCCACCUUUGCCAACACCAGCUCCUUCUUCUGGACCGUGGCCAUCGCCCUCUACCUGUACCUCAGCAUCGUACGCGCGGCGCGCGAGCCUCGGACCGGCAGUCUGCUCUGGGCCUUCCACGUCGUCAGCUGGGGGGUGCCGCUGGUCAUCACCGUGGCAGCUGUCGCUCUAAAGAAGAUCGGCUAUGACGCCUCGGACGUGUCAGUCGGCUGGUGCUGGAUCGAUCUGGAGGCGGAGGACCGCGUCCUGUGGAUGCUGCUGACCGGGAAACUCUGGGAGAUGCUGGCCUACGUCACGCUGCCCGUGCUGUACUUCCUCAUCCGGAAGCACAUAAACAGGGCGCACGAGGCACUCUUGGAGUACCGGCCCAUCCUCUCCGAGGCACACCGGCUUCAGCGCCACACCUCCGUGGCCGACAAGAAGCUUAUCCUCAUCCCCCUCAUCUUCAUCUGCCUCCGGGUCUGGAGCACCGUGCGAUUCGUCCUGACCCUCUGUGGCUCCCCGGCCGUGCGGUCGCCAGUGCUGGUCGUUCUGCACGGCAUUGGGAACACAUUUCAGGGCGGUGCUAAUUGCAUCAUGUUCGCCCUCUGCACCCAGGCUGUCCGAACUCGGCUCUUCUCCGUCUGCUGCUGCUGCUGCUCCCAGCCGUCUGCUGAGAGCCCGGCUGGCCCUCCCAGGCCUCCUGCACCCUCCAAGACAGGAGAAUCUCAGGGAUCCAGACGCGCCCCAGAUGAACGUCCAAGCACCUGAGCUUUCCCUUCCUAGUUCUGUGCACAGGCGCUGCCUACCUGGGGACAGUGAGUUUCUGCUGCAGGGAGUGGGGGUGGGCGUCGCUGGCACUUUAAGCCCUCCGCUUUUGAAGCGCUUGACCCCGGGGGAGCGGGGGAGCAGCCACAAACUCAGCUGCUUCUACCUGUAGACCCUCAGGUGGCACACCCCCACUCACACCUGUGCCCUGCUGCCCUCGGGGGCACUUGGCUGCGUGAGGGUCAGCAGUGAGAUCCGUACGUGAUCACUGUCAGGUUGCCUUCUGGUCCACGGGUCGUCGGCCUCGUGACCACACAGCACUGUUUACAAUUCGCGGUCCCACACCUGUGGGAAAAGCACAAAGGGAUAUGUAUACCGUGCAGCCGUCCUAAAUAAGAUGUCAGGGGUUACCAGAGAUGUGUCCCCCACUUAGAUGUCAUGAAGCUGAUUUUUUGGUUUGUCAGGGCAUUGAGAUUUCCUGGAGAGCUGAGCUUUUCUUGGAUAGCUUUGCUGGUCAGCAAAAGAGCCGAUUCCCUUUAACCAGGCUGAAGGUUCCCGUGAGGUUUCCGGGCAGCUGGUCUCCUCGGGACCUCCCAGAUUCUCUCUACGGGUUGCCGACCCUCAAUGCAGACUGUGCUUGAAUUGCAAGCCCAGCCAGAACCCAGACUCCUUCCUGCCUCCGCCCGCGCAAAAGCCGGAGUGGGGACAAGCAGAGGCGUUGCAGGGAAUCCCAGUACAUGCCCACGCCGCCUCUCCAAUCUGUUCUCCUGAAGACUGGACCAGGGAGAGCUGGUGGGGGACCCGGCUGAUUCACUUCCCGGCUCAGUGUUUUAUAGGAAAGGUGCCCAGAGAGUUGGUAAAUGAUCCAAAUACAGAUUCCUCCCUGAAGCUGAGGCUCUAGGGAGUUGGUUGGGGAAGUGACACAUGCAUCAUGGGGUGAUUAUUUACAUGUAAAGGAAAAGGAUUGAAAAUAAGCAUCUGUAUCUCUAUGGUCCUGGUUCUUCCACCAACAUUUUCCUGUUGGUUCAGAAAACAGUUUCUCUGUUCAGUCGCAGAAGCCGCAGGCUAAGGUGGCAGGUGGCUUGGGGAGGAAGAGUACAACUGAGCCCAUCGGCGUCCCUCCCUCGGGUUCGGGCAGAACUCUGCAAAACUGAAAUGAUCUUCUGAGCCUGUAAGACGGUUCUGGAUGAAAACCAAAGCCUCACCAUACUGUUGAUUCCCAUUUUAUUCUCAAAAGCAAAAUCUGUCCCAGGAAGAGAAUCUGAAAGAGAGAGCCAUCGACAGAACUCGAUCUAAAAUGCUCAUUUUCGGUUUCUUUUUUCUUUUAAGUUUUCUUUAUGAAAAUCAGCAAGUGGUGAUCGUCCCCUUAGGACUCACUGUAAGCUCUGGGCUGCCCUACGGAAAGCUACUUGUCCGUAGGGCAAUCUCCUUACAGAAAUGGCCAGUAUAAGGGGAAUCCAGGGAUCCCCUAGAGAUGGUACAGCAGAUCGUGGGCACAUAGUUGGUAAAGACCUUCAUAUUAGCUUCUAGAAGGGAGCAGACUUUCAGGAAGUUGCUUGCUGCAAGAAAGACAAUGGUUCAGAGCUGAGUUAGCCUGUGGGCCACAGAGGAUUGAGGUGAGGCUAAAGCCUGCUCGGAAGGGGGCCCCAGAGUCCUGGGCUCAGACUGCAGUGCUGGCUGCCUGCCCGUCGGUGUGGCUUCCACAGGACUGGCGAGCCCGGGGCGUCCCCAGGCAGGCCGCCGUCAGGAAGGGCCGGCAGAGGGAGUAGGGGCUCAGGAGACCCUCUGGGCGCCUGGGGCUCCCCUCAAGUUCUCAUUCCACUGGUUUGAUGCCUCUGCUAUGCUGUCUGCUUUGAUAAAAACCACCCAAAAGUUACCCGUGGAUAUUUCUGUUUCUGCUUCCUCUGCUGCCCGCCCCCUCUCUGCAGAGGGCAGAUGUGUUACUGUGAUUGGCCGAGACCGUGUGGGCAGGGGAGGGGUGUGUCCCAGGGUCUAGGCCUGAGGCUGGUGUGGCGGUGGCUGAAUCUCUGUGGGGUUCAGACCUGGAAGGUGGUGGGGAGGAAGUCGCAUCUUAGGAUGGUGGGGACGAAGUCGCAUCUUAGGAGCCCAGGAGGGGCUCCUGCUUCUGAUCAGAGCCAGAGAAGCUGCGUCCCUCUUGCACUUGGCUGGGCCCCCCAGCGAGUUUCUUUCCCUUCCAUCAGCCUUUCUCCAGCUGCGUCCUCUGUAACAGACACGUGUGACUCAGCCAGGACAGGUGCUAAGCCUCAUCCCGGUGUCCUCAGCCCAGACCCCUCUCCUCUCAGGCACUUUCUGAACCUUGGUCUUGGAGUCAGGCUUACCUGGCACUUUCUGCCUCUCUCUCUCUCUCUCUCUCUCUCUCUGCUUCUGAGUUCUUUUUGUUUGUUUGUUUUGUCUUUUAAUAAAGAGUAUUAUUUGGCCUGGGGUUAAGGGUGCACACAGAGUUCUUCUUAUGAACACGACAAGAAGAAACAUUGUACAUGAAACGUUUUUACAAAAUCCCUGCUGUGGCAUAGCCACAGUCUGAAGUCUUUUGGGCGCGUGCAAAACUGUAUCGAAACCCUGACCAUCUUGGGUCGAAGCCAAAGUCUUGCUAUUUUAAAUUAAAUAAAAUAAUUAUU